CAGGGGAACAACAGGCACGGUUGUCUUCCUCUCCCCAAGGGAAGUUGGUCGAAAGUCUUCCCGGCAAAAGACUGGUCUCAGAAAACUUCCUCCGUCUCCUCCCCGCCCACCGCAACCCGCUCCUUAGGGGCGACGCCGAAUGAGGCUGGAGUCGCAGGAACCAAUGGUUGCAAGGCAGCUUGUCUCUGGCUCACCGUGAUUGGAUAACGGGAAAGCCCGUCAGCUUCCUGGCCCCGCUGGUCCCGCCCCGUAGUGCAGGGUAGCCUUUCCCCUUUGGCCCCUGCGAGCGCCAGCCACUCAGAGCGCGUCUUGUUGGUAUGUGUAGCGGCAGUGGCCGCCGGCCGAGCAGUCUGAGCCCGACGAUGAGGCCGGGCACGGGAGCCGAGCGUGGAGGCCUCAUGAUGGGCCACCCUGGUAUGCAUUAUGCCCCAAUGGGAAUGCACCCUAUGGGUCAGAGAGCAAAUAUGCCUCCUGUACCUCAUGGAAUGAUGCCACAGAUGAUGCCCCCCAUGGGAGGGCCGCCAAUGGGACAAAUGCCUGGAAUGAUGUCUUCAGUAAUGCCUGGCAUGAUGAUGUCCCAUAUGUCACAGGCUUCCAUGCAGCCUGCUUUACCGCCAGGAGUAAAUAGUAUGGAUGUAGCAGCAGGUGCAACAUCUGGCGCAAAAUCAAUGUGGACUGAACAUAAAUCACCUGAUGGAAGGACUUACUACUAUAAUACUGAAACAAAACAGUCUACCUGGGAGAAACCAGAUGAUCUUAAGACACCUGCUGAGCAACUAUUAUCUAAAUGCCCCUGGAAGGAAUACAAAUCUGAUUCUGGAAAGCCUUACUAUUACAAUUCUCAAACAAAAGAAUCCCGCUGGGCCAAACCUAAAGAACUUGAAGAUCUUGAAGGAUACCAGAAUACCAUUGUUGCUGGAGGUCUUAUUACAAAAUCAAACCUGCAUGCAAUGAUCAAAGCUGAAGAAAGCAGUAAGCAAGAAGAGUGCACCACAACAUCGGCAGCCCCGGUUCCUACAACAGAAAUUCCAACUACAAUGAGCACCAUGGCUGCUGCAGAAGCAGCAGCUGCUGUUGUUGCUGCAGCAGCCGCCGCAGCAGCAGCAGCUGCAGCAGCCAAUGCCAAUGCUUCCACUUCUACUUCUAAUACUGUGGGUGGAACUGUUCCAGCUGUUCCUGAGCCUGAAGUUACUUCCAUUGUUGCUACUGUUGUAGAUAAUGAAAGUACUGUAACCAUUUCAACUGAGGAACAAGCACAACUUGCUAGUACCCCUGCUGUUCAGGAUCAGAGUGUUGAAGUAUCCAGUAAUACUGGAGAAGAAACAUCUAAGCAGGAAACUGUAGCUGACUUUACUCCCAAAAAAGAAGAGGAGGAAAGCCAACCAGCAAAAAAAACAUAUACUUGGAAUACAAAAGAGGAGGCAAAGCAAGCAUUUAAAGAAUUAUUGAAAGAAAAGCGGGUACCAUCAAAUGCUUCAUGGGAACAAGCUAUGAAAAUGAUCAUUAAUGAUCCACGAUACAGUGCUUUGGCAAAAUUGAGUGAAAAAAAGCAGGCCUUUAAUGCCUAUAAAGUCCAGACAGAAAAAGAGGAAAAAGAAGAAGCAAGAUCAAAAUACAAAGAGGCAAAGGAAUCCUUUCAGCGUUUCCUUGAAAAUCAUGAUAAAAUGACUUCUACAACCAGAUACAAGAAAGCAGAGCAAAUGUUUGGAGAGAUGGAAGUCUGGAAUGCAAUAUCAGAACGUGACCGUCUUGAAAUUUAUGAAGAUGUUCUGUUUUUUCUUUCAAAAAAAGAAAAGGAACAAGCAAAGCAGUUACGAAAGAGGAACUGGGAAGCCUUAAAAAAUAUACUUGACAACAUGGCUAAUGUAACGUACUCUACAACUUGGUCUGAAGCCCAGCAGUAUUUGAUGGAUAAUCCAACAUUUGCAGAAGAUGAGGAGUUACAGAACAUGGACAAAGAAGAUGCAUUAAUUUGCUUUGAAGAACACAUUCGGGCUUUAGAAAAGGAAGAAGAAGAAGAAAAACAGAAGAGUUUACUCAGAGAAAGAAGACGACAGCGUAAAAAUAGGGAAUCUUUUCAGAUAUUUUUAGAUGAAUUGCAUGAACAUGGACAGCUACAUUCUAUGUCAUCCUGGAUGGAAUUAUAUCCAACUAUUAGUUCUGACAUUAGAUUCACCAAUAUGCUUGGUCAGCCUGUUUUUUCAUUAGGAUCAACUGCACUUGAUCUUUUCAAGUUUUAUGUUGAGGAUCUUAAAGCACGUUAUCAUGAUGAAAAAAAGAUAAUUAAAGACAUUCUAAAGGAUAAAGGAUUCGUAGUUGAAGUGAAUACUACUUUUGAAGAUUUUGUGGCAAUAAUUAGUUCAACAAAAAGAUCAACUACAUUAGAUGCAGGAAACAUCAAAUUGGCCUUCAAUAGUUUACUAGAAAAGGCAGAAGCCCGUGAACGUGAAAGAGAAAAGGAGGAGGCCCGGAAGAUGAAACGGAAAGAAUCUGCAUUUAAGAGUAUGUUGAAACAAGCUGCUCCUCCAAUAGAGUUGGAUGCUGUCUGGGAAGAUAUACGGGAGCGGUUUGUAAAAGAGCCAGCAUUUGAGGACAUAACCCUGGAGUCUGAAAGAAAAAGAAUAUUUAAAGAUUUCAUGCAUGUGCUUGAGCAUGAAUGUCAGCAUCACCAUUCAAAGAACAAGAAACAUUCUAAGAAAUCUAAAAAACAUCAUAGGAAACGUUCCCGCUCUCGAUCCGGGUCAGAUUCAGAUGAUGAUGACAGCCAUUCAAAGAAAAAAAGACAGCGCUCGGAGUCCCGUUCAGCUUCUGAGCAUUCUUCCAGUGCUGAGUCUGGUGAGCAUUCUGUCCACCUGAUUGAACUCCUGAACACUUUGCAGUUCUCGCAUUCUGAUACCUUUUUGCAUUUUAACUCCUCAGAGAGAAGUUACAAGAAGUCAAAAAAGCACAAGAAGAAAAGUAAGAAGAGGAGACAUAAAUCUGACUCCCCAGAAUCAGAUACUGAGCGUGAGAAGGAUAAAAAAGAAAAAGAUCGGGAAAGUGAAAAAGAUAGAACUAGACAAAGAUCAGAAUCAAAACACAAGUCACCUAAGAAAAAGACUGGGAAAGAUUCUGGAAAUUGGGAUACUUCUGGCAGUGAACUGAGCGAAGGGGAAUUAGAAAAGCGCAGAAGAACCCUUUUGGAGCAACUGGAUGAUGAUCAAUAAAUUAUACCAAAUAUAUGUUUACAGUAUGAUUUAAAGUCUAAUUCAGUCCAGGGAUUCUAUUUUAAGUUCAGUUUAAAUAACACUGGGUUUUAAUUAUCACAGAAAAAAAAGUGCAUUUAAGUAUUGUUAUUGUGGACUUUAUAAAAGCAAAAGAACUGAAAAUAACUUUUGAUUCUGUAUCAAGAAUCAUAUUUUCAUACGGUCAUACAGCUGUGUCUGUGACCCUUUUACAGGGCACUGCAGGGUGGAUUAAAGGUGGCAAUUUACUGAGAACUGCAGAUGUCUCUACUUUGUUCCGAAGUCAUGAGGUGAUUUGAUUUACUUUAUAGAAGUUGCAUUUUGAAGACAUGAAAAUUUUUGAUAAUACAGUAGUACAAAAACACCAGCAACUGAUAAAACUGCUUUUUUGUGCAUUACCCAACUGGUUAAAGCCAACGUGAUCUUUUAUGGUGAGCUGCUAAGAAAUAGGUGUUUUUGAUGGAAACUUGGUUAGACCCUUUAAAACUACAGACUUGUGCUAAUGAGCACAUACAAUAAAGCCACCAUUAUUUUUUAUGAAACAUCAGACUACAUUUUAAAAAGGCUAUGUGAGGGCAUUAUUUUGAGCUUCUAUUUUGAGGUAAUAUUUUUAAAGUUAACAUCAAAUCAAAUUGUAAAUUAGUUUAAAUAUAUUGCCUUAAGGACCUACUAAAGAAUGUGCCACCAAACUUUAAGUGAUAGUUGCAAUAUCCUUGUCUAAAAAGAAAAUCAAUGUUGACUUAAACAUUCUUUAACAGUUGUCUUGAUUUUUUUUUUUUUAAACCAAUUUUUUUCCACUGAGGAAGUCUUUUACCUUCCCUACUCACUGAGAAGUAUUGGCUUCGUGGUACACAUUCUAAAGCAUUUCUGAUUUGAAUAUUUUUGUACAUUUUUAUCAAUUAUUAAACCUUCUCUUCUAGUGUGUACUAGUAUUUAUUUCUACUUAAACUGCUUAGCACUAAAGAAAUUGUAUGAUCGUUUGAGAUACUACGUCCCUGAGACUGUGCUUCGUCUUAUACACAUAGUUUCCCUCUUGUAAGAAUGUGACAAAUCCUUACAUUUGAGAUCCUUAGGUUUAUUUUUCACUUGUGAAUUUCCUAUGGAAUAUUUUAGAGAGGCAAUGGUUUAAAGAUAGAAUACUCCUUCCAGGCCAACUUUUAAAGUUGGUAAUGUAAUUUAUACUAUUUUCCUUCAGUGCAGGAGGUUUUUUUGUGUUUGUUUUUGCUUUUUUGUUUUUAAUAAAUUUUAGUGCAUAGUCUUUGGAAUUAUCUUUGUUAUUUUGUCAUUUUCAGAGACAGUAUUUUGUAUUGGGAUUUAGAACAAGAAGUUUUCCCCUCACCAUCUUUAGUUUGAUAGGACCUGAGCAGGACGACAGUUUGUUCCCUAAAGGGAUUGUAUCCAAGUGUCCAGUGUUUAAAGGCUGAUGGGGAAAACUUGUUACUGAACUUGGCUGUCAUUUUCUCAAUGAAGCAUGACAUGCCUUUGUAGAAAGAAUCAUUACCUUUAAGAAAAUGUGAUUGAAUGGUUUGCUUGAGAUUAGCCUUCUGUUGUAUAUUAAAGUCCAAACACUUUAACAGCUUGGGCAAUAGUGAAUUGCCUCAUCGUAAUUUUCAGAAGUCUUGUUGUAACGAUAGUUAAGAUUGCUAAUCAUGUCAGACUAAGACAUGGAAGUCAGUGAUCAAGUUUUCAAUAUGCAUAUGAUACUGGGAGAUAUACUAGUAAGAAAAUAGAAUCUGUAAAACAUUGUUUUAAUUAUUUCCAUGAAUGAUUUUUAAAGUAAAACUUUAAAGUUUUGAUUUUUCUAUUUAAAUAAAAAGUUACUGAUAUGUUUUAGCAUGUCCUUAAAA